UCAGAUGGGAUUGCGACCUACCAAAGAAGACCUGAGAAGAGCGGCGAAGAGGGCUUGAACAUCAUCUCUGCGAUUGACACCGAAUACAGUCACAGAAAGAGGGACGAAGGGAACGAAGGAGUGGGAGGCAAGCUAUCAAUCACAAGGAGCGGAAAGCCGAGUUGGCGGACGAAAAUCCCGUCGAGGAGGUUUGGGGAGGUCCGUGCACGGCGAACCUCCGCGGGCCAACAAUUGAUUUCCUUCCCCGAAUUUCUGCGAGGCCAAUGAAGAUGCCACCUGCUUUCACGCCGUCGAUCCGGGGUUGUUCCCCCCUCCUUUUCUCCUCACUUUCUGUCUGCCGCUACGCUGCAUUUAUAUUGCUUGCCCUUCUCCCUGUUACUGCUUGGAUGGAUCUCGGUUAGAGCGGGCUGAGUGAACAAUGUCGCGCUCUACGGACUCUGGCGGCGCAACGGCCGAUGCGCCCUCGCUUCCCUGGAGGGCAUUGUCCUCCACCACCAUCUUUGGGGUUGCAGCAUUAUGCCGCUCAUUUCUGUACUUCUGCAGUCGGCCACAGGCGAAUGGAUUGGAUCAAUUUCUCGAGCUGCUCGACUCGAGGAGUGAUCCCUCGCAAAGAACGAGAGGCUUGCUCACAGUUUCGAACCAUACCAGCGUGAUGGAUGAUCCGAUCAUGUGGGGAUUUCUACCGAUGCGAUAUAACUUCGGACUUGCGAAUUGGAAUAAGCGAUGGGGGUUUGGAAGCCACGACAUCUGUUAUCAGACUAGGCCGUUAGCCCUUUUCUUCACAAUGGGCCAAGUCCUGCCGACACAUCGAUCGGCCCAUUCGCAAUAUGGUGGCCUCGCCCAGCCCGUCGUCACCCAGGCGAUCCGACUCCUGUCGAAGGGGCCAUUCCCCGCUGACCCUCAUCUCGCUGUCCCCGAACGUCAAUCGUGGAGUCUACAGAAUGUAUGCGUCGAUCCGUUUUCCGACCUCCCCACAGCCUACACCACCGAUGGGCAUGACUCUCAUCUAUCGCCGUCCUCUUACGCCUGCAAUUCGUAUUCUUGGUUCCAUAUAUUCCCAGAGGGAAAGAUCCACCAAGCACCGAACAAGACUAUGCGCUACUUCAAAUGGGGUGUGGCACGACUGAUCCUCGAGGCUAGCGAAUGCCCGGAUGUUGUGCCGAUCUGGCUUGAGGGCUUCGACCAGGUUAUGCAUGAAAGCCGCGAAUUCCCACGGUUUCUGCCUCGUGUGGGAAAGGAGGUCAGCGUUACGUUCGGACAGAAAGUGGAUAGGGAGGCGGUUUUCGGGGAAUACAGAAGACGUUGGCAGAAGAUCAAGGCCAAGGCGGAACGCAUAGCCCCCGAGACUCGCGAUCUUCCCUUUGGAGUGCUAAACGACCAGCUCUUAUAUGACCCUGAAGCAGUUGAGCUGCGAAAGGAGGUCACUAAGAAGGUCCGGGAUCUCGUCCUUGAUGUCCGACGGACGAGAGGAUUGUCGGACGAAGACCCGAAGGAAGGCCUAGUGGAGACAUGGAUACAAGAGGGCCCUAAGCGUGAGGGUAAGAUGGACGAUGAUUCAUGGGUCCGCGAUAUUUGACGAUGUGCAUUAACCGCGAAGCAAAAAACAACUGUACAAUAGAACCUUGCAUAGAAAUAAAAUAUGGACACAAGCGACAUCGCACGCUAUUCCUUGUCUUCUCUACCGCAGCCUACC